AGGAAAAUGUUAUCGUGAGGAAAACGUUUUGACGUGUUUAUCUUUGGAUUCUCAAGAAGGCUGGAGUAUGAGAUAAAUAGCAUGGUGCUCAAAGAAGUCUCCGGUGCAGAGUCUUCACCUCAAAGUUCAACUCUGUGAUUGGAUAUAACAGUAAGAUCAAAAUCCAGAACUCAAGAUGCCAGCACAUAUGGUGACAGAAAGCCUCCUUGAACUGUCAUUAAAUGCAGUUUGUGGUAAUAUAAAAGAAUUGAUUAUGAUUGGUAACCGUUUAGUGGACUCUGCAGAUGAUAUAUUAACAGAAACUGAGAGUGAAGUUGAUGAAGUUCUUCAAAAGUCAAAAGAUAUGCCAUUUUAUCUUGUAGGACAUGCAAUGAAAAUGAAUGAGCUGAAAGAUGCUCUUGACAAACAGGGAGAUUUUCAGGGUACCAUAACAGAAUACAUUCAGACUCUUCCCCCUGUAUUUCUUAAUGAAAUAUUCAACAGAUUGCUCAGAGAUUUAACUUUAAUUCAUGUUGAUGAACUUGAGAUAGAGGAGUUUCUUAAGGACAGAUGGUCAUGCAUAAACAGAAUAAGAUAUCGUUUUCACUUGAUUCUUAAAAGUAUGUUCAGAUCAAAAGUGUCUGUAAUGAAUCUAAGUCCCAUUUCAAAUUAUUUGUUUAGAGCCUUAGGUGAGUACCUUAUUGAUAAUGAAGAUUUCAUGGAUGAUAAGACUCUAGAAUUAGUAGAAGAAAAGAGUCAGUGUGUUUUCCUUCCUGCAUUAAAAAAUUGUGAGCCCUUUCUUGACAAUCUAACAACACUAAGCCUUCAGAAUAUGGCUAAUGGACCUUUGAUAUGGAUGAUUAGCUCAAAUUGUUUAAAAUUAUGGCAUUUAGAUAUCAGUGGAGAUCUCUUUGAUCUACGGCGUUAUUACGUAACUAAAACUAAUGAUGAAGAUUGCGGAGCUGUAGACAAAUAUGGGAAGAGACUAUAUGAGAAGGCAGAGUUUCUAAACUCUCUCUGUUCUCUUUAUGGGAAUGAUGAUCGGUAUCAUGAUACAUAUGGAAGGGUUGAAGGCUGUUAUGUGCUUAAAUCCCUAAAGUUACCAAAUGUUAAGUGGGAAAGAGAAGAAGAAAUACAGUUACUUUGUGAAUCCUUCAAGCUCUUGCAACAGUUACCAGAGCUUGAAGAAUUGGAGGGAGUCGACUUACUUCAUACCAUGAGUAAGCUAAAUCAGUUACCUUACCCACCAGUCAUGCUGAAAUUAAAGAAGUUCUCUAACAAACCAGGGAGUACUGUAUUUAAAGUGGAGCCAAACCAACUGAAGAAUGUGCAUUUGCCACUAAUUAAAGAAGUAGAAUUUGUGAUCAGCCCAUCUGUACCACUUGCAACAAUUGAGAUAUUUCCUAACAUGAGGCAUCUCAAUCUCACUUCUUACAAAGAUAAUAGCUCCUCCUUUAAUGACAUUACACAGUAUCUGACAAACCUGCAAUCAUUAACCAUGGAAGUAAUGCAUGAGUUGUCAAUUAAAGAUCUCUGUGAGCUUGCAGAGCAUUGCCCUUAUUUAGAAUCGCUGAAAUUAACUUGUCCUGCUUUGAAAAAUGCACUGCAAGAAUUCGAUGUAGACACUGAAGAAGACAAGACUGAAGAAGAUUCCCAUUCACCAAGAGCCAAUAUUGAUCAAUCACAAGGAGAUACAUAUGAAUGCGAAGAACCAUCUGAUAUCCUGAAAAUUUUUCGCACUUAUUGUAAUAAACUUAUAAACAUCAUAAAUUCUUUAGAGGAUAAUGAUGUGUAUGUGCCAAAGCUGUUAAAUUUAGAUGCCCUUCAAUUAUAUGGCAUGCAGUCUGUUGAUGCAGCAGCAUUAUCUAAGUGUGUGAAGGGGUGCCCUAAUCUCAGUACCUUAGAAAUCGGUAUUAAAGGAAAGGAUGCUAAUUGUAAUAUAGAAUUUGAUGAUAAUCUUAUAGGGCGAGUAGUUUGUAGAUUAAAGAAUCUUGAAAAAUUUAAUCUCUUUGCAGACUCAGGUUUUGGGCAAACCUUUGUAUUUAAAGGUAUAACUGGGAUGUCAGUUGGGUAUAUUUUAAACUUCUGCAGAAAUAUGUGUUCCAUAGGCACAUUAGUAAAUUGGAAUGUAUCUGUUGAUGAAGUAAAAUCUUUGAAUGAUUAUUUCAAGACAAAUAAUUUUGUCUUAAGACUAGAAUAAAAUUCACACUUAUGUUUUAUACCAAGACUAUAUUUUCAUAUAAAGAGAAUGAUAUCUUUCAUUUUUUUUAUAUAAAUUUUGUUACAUAUCAUGAAGUACAAAUUAACAUUCUUGGGACCAUUUCCAGUAAUAACUAGAAGCAUUAUAGGAAAUUUGUGAUUCUACACAUAAUAGAAUAUUGCUAAUGGCCGUAGAUGUUCUUGUGUGGGUGGGUGGGUAGGUUGGUGGGUGUAGGUGUAGCCUUUGAUCUGUUAUGCAGGAUGUGACAAAUACUGUUUAUUAAUGAUGAUUAAAGUUAUAGCCUUAUCCAUGGGCUCCUUAAGUGGCAGGUUAAGGAAUGCGACUCAUUUAUUGGAUAAAUAAAUUUU